AUGUUACUUGAGUUGUUGAGGUCUGCAUUUCCUAAUGCUGUCUUGCCAUGCUCAUACCAGGAGUCACGAUCAUUGCAGUGGGAUUUGUGCUUUACAUACACCAAAAUUCAUGCUUGCCGUAAUGACUGCAUUUUAUUCUGGAGGGAACAUUCCAACCUAAAUGAGUGCCCUAAAUGUGGGGUUUCACGGUGGAUGUCAACCACACACAACAAACGCCCAAUCCCUCAGAAGGUCCUACGUCAUUUCCCCUUAAAGCCAAGGUUACAACGGCUAUUCAUGUCACAGAAGACAGCUUCUGAUAUGAGAUGGCAUAAAGAGCAACAAACAGAUGAUGACAUCAAUAUGAGGCAUCCAGCUGAUUCUGAGGUCUGGAAGGCAUUUGAUAAGGAGCAUAGUUGGUUUGCUCAAGAUUCUCGAAAUGUUCGGCUGGGUUUAGCAAGUGAUGGAUUCAACCCUUUUAACAAUAUGGCUAAACCUUAUAGUAAAUGGCCUGUAAUCCUCGUUCCAUAUAACUUGCCUCCAUGGUUAUGCAUGAAAGAUGCCUUCUUUAUGAUGUCUCUCAUUAUUCCUGGUCCAAAAUCACCAGGAAAUGAAAUAGAUGUCUACUUGCAGCCUUUGGAAGAUGAGUUGAAUGAUCUUUGGGAAAAUGGGGUUGCUACAUAUGAUGCCUCUACCAAGACUAAUUUCUUACUUCACGCAGCUUUAUUGUGGACAAUCAACGACUUCCCAGCAUAUGGUAACCUUUCCGGGUGGUCAACCAAAGGGAAACUGGCGUGUCCGACAUGCAAUUCGGGCACAGAUUCUAUGUGGUUGACCUACGGCCGAAAGCAUACAUAUAUGGGGCAUCGACGAUUUUUACCACUUGAUCACAUAUGGAGAACUAAAAAACAUGUGUUCAAUGGUAAAGAAGAUCAUCGCUUACCAUCACUUCCUCUAACGGGACCAGAGGUUAUCAAUCAAUUAAUUCAUCUUCGAGAUGUGCACUUUGGCAAGGGUGUGAAGAAGCGUAAACGCACUCCAGAGGAAUUGAAUUGGACAAAAAGGAGCAUAUUCUUCACUUUGCCAUAUUGGUCAACAAUUAAGCUUCGACAUAAUUUGGAUGUUAUGCACAUCGAGAAGAACAUUUGUGACAACAUAUUGGGCAUGUUAAUUAACAUUCCCAGUAAAACAAAAGAUAAUAUCAAUUCACGUCGUGACCUGUCCAACCUUAGUAUCAGAAAUGAAUUGCAUUUGAUCCAUGAUGGAGAGCGGUGUAGUAUGCCACAUGCAUGUUUCACAUUAUAUGGAGAUGAAAGGAAAAGAUUUUGUGAGUGGAUGUCGAAAGUGAAAUUUCCUGAUGGCUUCGCUUCAAAUAUCACCAAAUGCGUGUCUGCACAUGAUUGCAAAAUCUCAGGGUUGAAAUCGCAUGAUUGUCAUGUUUUUAUGCAAAGACUACUUCCUGUUGCAGUUGGUGGGUACUUAAGGAAUGAUAUUAGCUUGGUGUUGAUUGAGCUUAGCAAUUUCUUCAAAGAGUUGUGCGCAAGAACAUUUGAUGUGAACCUAUUGAAGCAACUUGAGAGUGAUAUCGUGGUCAUUCUAUGCAAGUUUGAGAUGAUCUUCCCCACUUCAUUCUUCGAUGUUAUGGUACACCUAGCAGUUCAUUUACCUCGUGAAGCCUUGCUUGCAGGCCCAGUGCAAUAUAGGUGGAUGUACCCUUUUGAGAGGUAUCUUGGUAAAUUCAAGCGGUAUGUCAAGAAUAAAGCACGUCCUAAAGGAUCAAUAGCUAAAGCAUACAUUCACGUAGAAUGCUUGACAUUUUGUUCGAUGUAUCUUCAUGAUAUUGAGACAAAGUUCACUCGAGAAGAUCAUAACAUUGAUCGAUCAGAAGAGGAUAACAGAGAUGGCUUCUCAAUUUUUACCCAGAAAAGUCAUCUAGAAGGGGCAUUAUAG